UUUUGACUCUUUGAUAAACAACUUGAUAUAUUCAACUGCUGGACUAGUGGUGUGGAAGAAUGCAACUAUAUACAAAACAGCCUUGUUGUGUACUUUACCAAGAGCCCGUGAGCACAGUUAAGCCCUGUCUCAGAUGUGUUAUCUGUUAUUACAACUUUGACCAUCGGAGGAACAUUUUGGUGAAACAUACGUGGAGCCAAUGGAACUCACAACUGUGCCAACAGUGUUGACUGAAAAUAGCAGCUUGUCUCCAGUCACUGCAGAAUGGGAGCUUAUCCACACCAUCGUCCCCCCGUACAUCUUCACCAUAUCCCUGGGAGGUCUACUCUUUAACAGCUUUGUACUGGUGGUGUUUUUUGCCCACAAAGAUCGACUGACUGUAGCAGAGAUCUAUCUGAGCAACAUGGCGCUGGCUGACUUUAUCCUACUGUGUAGCCUUCCUUUCUGGGCAAUGAAUAUCCUCAACGAGUUCAACUGGCCAUAUGGAGAGGCCUUGUGCAAAAUCGUCAACGCCCUAAUCAUCAUCAAUUUCUACACCAGCAUCUUCACUCUGGUCAUGAUUAGCAUUGAUCGCUAUAUAGCACUUGUGAAGCCCAUGAAGGCCAGCUGGCUGAGACAGACGCUCUACGCCAAGGGCAGUACUUUAGAAAGAAGGUUAGCGCCAUCUACAGAAAGACUAGAUAUCAACGCAGAGGAUCAGACAUGACCACAUAUCAACGCUCUGCUGUGUCCACUUACAUCAACAGAACAGAGCAAAUUAAACCUGUGGUCAUUUUUAAUGCCAAAGAAUAAAAUGUGUCUCCUACUGAUGGCAUCUACUUUCCUUUUGCUGCUUAUGUAUAAAACGACACAAUAAAAAGGAUAUGUCUCUAAAACUAUUAUGUCAUUAAACUUAACACAAUAAUAAUGCUGUUAUAUGGCUAAUCGGCACUAUCAGAUGAUGUUUAAUGCUGUGCUUGAGGAAAUAAUGUAAAUAAUGGACAGACGCUGCAGGAGAAAUAGACUGAAAUGCAUUUACAGUCUGCAUAAUAACAUUUUUUCUUGCAUUGUGGACAAACAGCAUUUGUUUCUUUGACAUGUUCUAUGGAUUUAUAGCAACAGACUUCUCAGUUUGACUUUGUUUGUCUUUUACGUCUUUAAAUUUAAAUAAUUUGACAUGUUAGUCAGUAUUUAUUCAUUAGUUACAAACCAUAUAUUUAUAACUUAUGGCUUUUGCCUUUCGGUUAUCAACAUAUGGUCACUAAAUCAAAAAACAAUCCAAGUAAUGUCAGACCCUUUUUAUUUAGACCAAUGUACUGCUUUAGUCAUCCCAUUUCCUUUGCCUGCUACGCCUUCCUGGAGGAUUCUUGGAAAAGACUGAAGACAUUACUGUUAGGAGGAAACCUUUUUUCCUCACUCGUGUUGUUGAAGAAACUGUGGACAAUGCUCAAUUAGUUUGUGUGUUUCCGUAUGUUGUCAACACAUUAUAAGUAAUUGACUUUAGCAGACUCCCAAACAGCCUACCUCACCAUUUUCAUUUCAGAGGUGUAUGAUGCUGCUUGCUUCUGGAUGUUAAUUAAACUUUUAAGCUAAGAGGAAAUACUGUGGGUGGGGCUAAAUGUUGCUGUAGCUUUCUUGCCUUCACCUAAUAUUAGACCUUCCCAAAAUGAAAACAAUUAGCAUCCACUACAGUGCACAACCGCCCCAUGGCUAUUUUUCCAGUGCAGUUAAAUGUUCUAAUGAAAUACUCAAGUGGCCUUAUUUUUGAUUUUUAAAAAUGGUGCUAUCUCGUAAAUAAUGUAUGGUAUUAUAUUUGUUAUGUAAUGUAAUGUGCAGUGUGACAGUUUAUCUGAAAGUGACCUAGUCCAUCUCUCUGUCCAGCUGAAGACAGGACUGUCAUAGACAUUGCAUUAUGCAUUUUGGGUGUUCAGUGAUUUUCACUCUCAGAGCUGAUAUUAGAUAAGUAUUUAAAAUCAGCUAAUUAUGUUUACUCAGUCAAACUAUUUAUUGGUGUUAUUUGGUUAUUUAGGCAACUGUAUUCAUUUAGAUAUAAUGGUUUAUCUCAUUAUGUAAUGCCUAUCAGUUUAUCUCAAUAAUUAUCAGAAUAUGCACAUAGCUAUUCAUAUUUUUGUUGCUUUUUACAUACUGUAUAUGACUGAAAAUACAUAUAAUAGAACUAUAAGUCACCAAAACCAGUACACUACUUUUUCUUAGGUAUUUCUGUUUUGUUUUGGUUUAAAAUUUUAGUCUCUCUGCUUUGAAGACAGUUGCACAAUGCAGUGACAAUUAUUUAGCAUUGCAAGUUUUCCCCCCUUUCAGUACAGACAUGUCAGAGCAGGAAAAGAUCUGGCAAAGCAGAGCAUUGUUUCUCUCAGGUAUUUCAGUAGAGAAAUCAUUUCUGUGGAAAAACAGAAGAGGUGUGCUCAUUUUUUUAUACCUACUACCACAAGG